GUGAAAUGUCCACUUCCAAAACCGAGCCGAAUUGAUUUACCACCAUCCCCCCGGGUCUUGGGAAACGCCAAAUCGGUAGACCCGACAGGUAUCCUUUUCCUUUUCGUUCCCUCCUUCCAGCGCUAUCAAUUUGCUGUGUUGGCUCCAAGUCAGGCGGACAUCUCCUAAUCUCCCGUCCCGUUGUUCUCUCUCGGUUUCAUCCUACGGUACCUCCACAAUGUCGUCCGCCGCCAUGUCGAGCGACUUUCCGGAACUCGGCAGCGGGCCGAAGCCCGCGGCCAACGUGGCCCCCGUCUGGCUUGCGCGGGCUCCUGGAGCGUCGGCUCCGGCCUCUGGACGGGCCUCCGGCGCCACCACACCCGUCCCAGAAGCGUCGACGGUCCCGAGCCUCUCGAUCCCGGGCCAGAACAAGGAGUACCUGCUCCUGCAUCCUGACGACAUCCUUCCCCGCGAGCAAUUGAAGCGGCCGCUCCCCGACAUCGUCAAGGACUUCAACCGCAAGUCUCGCGCCCAGAUCAAGAUCGUUCCUCAUGCCGAAAACAUGCUCAGGAUUGAGGCGACGGGGCCCAAGAGCGACAGCACGACCCAGGCGCUCAAGGACUUCGUUGGCUUGAUCGGUGCCAAGCUGAAGCUCGAGCUGGACAUUCAUCGCUGGGCGCGACCGCACAUCAUUGGCAAGGGCGGGGCCACCAUCAAGGCCAUCCAAGAGAAGACCGGCGCUCGGAUUCACGUCCCCAAGGAGGACGGACAUGCGGCCCCCGCCGGAGAGGAUGACGACGAGCUCAUCAAGGUCGUUAUCGAGGGCAACACUCAGCAGGCUGCCCACGCCCAGAAUCUCAUCUACGAGAUUAUGGGCGAGCGCGCCGGCACGGUCAGCCUCACGUUGAAAGACGUCCCUGCGGAAUUCUACCCCUUCAUUGCUGGCGCCGACAACAGCAAUAUCAAGCCCAUCGAGCAGGAAUUCGGUGUCCAGAUCAAUGUUCCUGCCGCCCAGCCCUCUUCGUCGACGCCGCCCGUGCCAGUCGCCUCCGGCCGUCCCGAGUUCUUUGCCGCCGCCGAUAGCUUUAUCCAGCUGCGCGGCGAACGCUAUGCCGCCAAGGCCGCCAGGGCCAAGAUUGAGGAGCGGGUCCAGGAGCUCCGGGAUCAGUUGACGGUACAGCCGGUACACAUCCAGCCGGGCCGUCACCAGUUCAUCAUCGGAGAGAAGGGCAUCUCGAUGGAGCAGUUCUUCGAGGAGACGGGAUGCACCAUCGUGUUGCCAAAUGACGAAGAGGACGACAUGGUCAGGGUUGUUGGGCCUGCCGACCAGGCCGCCGUCGGCGUGCAGAAGACUGUCGACCUCGCCAUGGGCAUGCAGUGUUCCAACUUCGACAUCUCGCGCUUCUACCGCCAGGCCCCUGGUGGCGCUGCGGUCCAUGCGCGCAAUGUUACGCGCUACCUGAGGCAAAAGCGGGAGCUUGAGCGGCUGGGAAAUCUCUAUAGUGUUCACUUCAAUACCCCCUUCUCGGAGCAGGGCGCUCUGCCGUGGGAGCUCUAUGCGCGCGAUGGCGCCAAUAUUGUCAGAGCCCAAGCGGAAAUCAAGGCUCUGGUCGACGCUCACCCGCCGGCACGGAUGGCUACCGUCACCGUCGAUCCCUUCUACUACCAGUACAUCAGGAAAGAGGUCUUGCCCCAUGUCCGACAGACGUAUGGUGUACAUUUGGUGAUCCCGGAGAAUUCGGAACCCAAUGCUCCCCUUCUGUUGGUGUAUGAGGGUCCCUCGAAUCCGGAGUCGUACGAAAUCGCUCGAGAACAGCCGAAGCAGAAAGACAUCAGCGAGAUGCAAAAGGGACUUCAGGAUGCCCAAAGCUAUAUUCUCGGCCUGAUGAGCGAGCGGGAGCCAAUCGCGUCCAAGACGAUUGAAGUACCCGUAAAGUUCCAUCCCCGGCUUCAGAAGUUUAUCAAGAAUGAGCAGGACAACGCCUCCAACCCGAUUCGCGCCCGCGUGUCCAACACCGGCGAAUCCGUUCACAUUCGCGGCCCUAGCUCUGUUGUGGAGUGGCUUGUGGCCAAGUGCCUCGACUUCGUCGAGCGAGAGAAGCAGGACGAGAAGGAGCGCGGAUUUACCCUGGAAUUCGAUUUCCCCCAGAAGUUUGCAAACCAUUUGAUCGGUAAAGGCGGGAGCCACAUCCGGGAGCUCAGGGAGAAGUUCGACGUCGAGAUUCAGGUGGACGAUGGCAAGGUGCAGCUGAAGGGGCCAAAGGCCAAGGCCGAGGCUGCCAAGGCGCACAUCACUGCCCUCGCGCGUCAGCUGCAGGAUGAAACGACAUACGUACUCAAGAUUGACCCCAAGUUCCACCGGGAAAUCAUCGGCGCCCAGGGAAGCCAGGUCAAUAAGCUGCAGACACGGUACAAGGUCCUCAUUUUCUUCCCUCGGAACAACGCAAAGGGCACCAAGGACGACGAGUCUCUCGCCGACUCAUCCAGCGAUGCCGGGAAGGGCCGCCGUCAACAAGCCCCCGACGAGGUCAUUGUCCGUGGGCCGAAGCGGGGCGCUGACGAGGCUCGUGAGGAGCUGCUGUCGCUCCUGCAGUACCUCAAGGACACCUCGUUUACCGCCACCGUGACAGUUCAGAAGAAACAGCUUCCCUCGUUGAUCGGCUCCGGUGGUGCUGCUCUGGAGCAAUUGCGCCAGGAGACGGGGGCUAAGAUCGAUGUUCCCAGCGCGAAGGAGUCGACCGAGGAUCAGGUGGACAUCCAGAUCAAGGGCACCAAGGCGCAGGUGGCUGCUGCCAAGAAGAUUUUGGAGGAGAAGAAGGCCAUCUUCGAAGACACCAUAGUCAAGAAGAUUGAUGUGCCUCGAAAGUACCACCGGGCGCUCAUUGGCACGGGUGGUUCUACUCUCCGCGACAUCAUCGUCAAGGCUGGCGGCUCGAGUGAUCAGCGAGAGAUGGCCCGCACCAUCCAAUUCCCGAAGCAAGACGCCGACGGCGACACCAUCAAGGUCGAGGGCCGCAGCGAGAUCGUGGACAAGAUUGUCGCACGCAUUGAGGCCAUGGUGGCCGAGCGCGAGAGCCAGAUCACCGAGACGCUGGAUGUGCCUGUCGAAAAGCACAGGUCCAUUGUCGGACGCGGCGGCGAGACCAAGCGGAACAUUGAGGCCCAGUUCAAGGUCUCCAUCGACGUUCCCCGUCAGGGCAGCGGCAGCACAAGCGUGAAGAUUGUCGGUCAAUCGCCCGAUGUCGAAAAGGCCAAGGCCCACAUCGAGGACUUGGUCAAGGAACAGCCGGGCGAGACCAUCAUGGUCCCCCGAGCUCUUCACCACGCUGUUUCCAACAAUGGCCAGAUCUUCCGCAAGUUCAAGAGCGAAUAUGGCGUCACUGUCGAUCACGCGGGCCAGCCCAUUCCACCGAAGCCUGCGGUCGCAACAAACGCACGCGCUAAUGGGGGUUCGCUACCCUUGAUCACUGACGACGAAGACGCAAUCGCCGACGCCCAUUCCUGGAAGGUGGUGGAGCAGGCAUCCACCGAGGAGGGCGACAUCCCCUGGGUUCUCCGCGGCUCGCCGGAAAAUAUUGAAAAGGCCAAAAAUGCCAUCAAGUCUGCGCUUGACCAGGCCAACAAGCAGAACGCAACCGGCUACCUAGUCCUGCCCGACCCGAAGACGUACCGCUUCGUUAUUGGCCAGGGCGGCAGCAAGGUCAACUCCAUCCGCAAGCAGAGCGGAUGCAAGAUCACUGUCCCGCGUGACCAGACGCAGGGCGAUGCCAUCGAGAUCGUCGGCACCAAGGAGGGCGUGGAGAAGGCAAAGGAGCUCAUCUUGGCGGCCGUGAAAGAGGGUCUUAGCUCGAGAUCGCCUCGCGAGUAGGGCUCCAGUACGAAAAGGACACAAUGGAUAAGUCUGUCUCCGUAUCAGGGUAGUGAUAUCGGGUGGCGGGUAAACAAGAACAAAAAUGACCGGGGGGAGUGGGUAGCUGAGGUUUACAGAACGCAGUUGGAGGUAUAUAUAUAUAUAUAUAUAUAUAAUGAUUAUGCUAGCAGCAAUACAUGCUUU